CGAGUCCAGGCGGCGCCGGGCGUCCCACGAUGCCGAAAAAUAAGAAGCGGAACGCUCCCCACCGCGGCGGCGGCGGCGGCAGUGGCGGGGGCUCCGGGGCAGCUGCUGCGACGGCGGCCACAGCAGGUGGCCAGCAUCGAAAUGUUCAACCUUUCAGUGAUGAGGAUGCAUCGAUUGAAACAAUGAGUCAUUGCAGUGGUUACAGUGAUCCUUCCAGUUUUGCUGAAGAUGGCCCAGAAGUUCUUGAUGAAGAAGGAACUCAAGAAGACUUGGAAUACAAAUUAAAGGGAUUCAUUGAUCUGACUCUAGAUAAGAGUGCAAAAACAAGGACAGCAGCUCUUGAAGGCAUUAAAAAUGCACUGUCAUCAAAAAUGCUUUAUGAAUUUAUUCUGGAAAGAAGAAUGACUUUAACUGAUAGCAUUGAACGCUGCCUAAAGAAAGGUAAGAACGAUGAGCAGCGUGCCGCCGCAGCACUGGCGUCUGUUCUCUGUAUUCAGCUGGGCCCUGGAAUUGAAAGUGAAGAGGUUUUAAAAACUCUUGGACCAAUCUUAAAGAAAAUUAUUUGUGAUGGAACAGCCAGUAUCCAGGCUAGGCAAACUUGUGCCACAUGCUUUGGUGUUUGCAGUUUUAUUGCCACAGAUGACAUCACUGAAUUGUAUUCAACUCUGGAGUGUUUGGAAAACAUCUUCACCAAGUCCUAUCUCAAAGAGAAAGACACUAAUGUCAUUUGCAGCACCCCUAAUACAGUGCUUCAUAUCAGCUCGCUCCUUGCAUGGACGUUAUUACUGACCAUAUGCCCAAUCAAUGAGGUGAAGAAAAAGCUCGAAGUGCAUUUCCACAAGCUUCCAAGCCUUCUCUCCUCCGAUGACGUAAAUAUGAGAAUAGCUGCCGGCGAAUCUUUGGCUCUUCUGUUUGAAUUGGCCAGAGGAAUAGACAGUGACUUUUUCUAUGAGGACAUGGAAUCCCUGACUCAGAUGCUGCGGGCUUUGUCUACAGAUGGAAAUAAGCACCGAGCCAAGGUGGACAAGAGAAAGCAGCGGUCGGUGUUCAGGGACAUCCUGCGGGCAGUGGAGGAACGGGAUUUUCCAACAGAAACAGUUAAAUUUGGUCCUGAAAGAAUGUAUAUUGAUUGCUGGGUCAAAAAACAUACAUAUGACACCUUUAAGGAGGUUCUUGGAUCAGGGAUGCAAUACCACUUGCAGUCAAAUGAAUUCCUUCGCAAUGUAUUUGAACUUGGACCUCCCGUGAUGCUUGAUGCUGCAACACUUAAAACAAUGAAGAUUUCUCGAUUUGAAAGGCAUUUGUAUAAUUCUGCAGCUUUCAAAGCCCGAACAAAAGCUCGAAGCAAAUGCCGAGAUAAGAGAGCAGAUGUGGGAGAAUUCUUUUAGGUUUUCUGCACUUGAAGACUACUUUCUCAUUUCCAAUUUUUAUUUUAUUUUUUUGUAACUUCUAAUGUAUUUAAACUCUAAAAACAAUUUUUAUCUUGGGUCAGCAUAGGUAGUUUUUAUAGCAGGGGUUAUAAUUUAAUGUUAAACUAUUGCAAAUGGGGAGUUAUGAUGGCCGAAUAUUUGAAUAUUCUCUGUAAAUAUAAUCAGUAAACAUGAAAAAAUUCUU